CAUAUAUGGCUCAUACUCUACUCUGUGCACCCAAUAUUCACGUCGAGUGUCAGGAAGUGCCUCGAAGGAACUGUUAAGUCUCAUGCCGCAGACUGUUCUAGAUAUUGGCAAUGCCUAAAUGGGGAAACUCUCAUGCAAAGCUGUCCCACUCAAAGCUACUUUGAUCCAGUGUGGGAGGUGUGCGUCAUCGAUGUGAAUGGAAUAUGUGUGGCAGCAGCUGCGCAAUGUACGGAUGGUCGAAUUGAAGUGAGUCCUGGCAAUAGUUGCGGUUACUUUCGAUGCCUAAAUGGCAAACUAGAAGAGGAAAAAUGUCCAUCGGGCAGCUACUUCAAUGUAAGUCUGAAGAUCUGCGCGAUCGAUGAGAAUGGAAUUUGCAAUCCUAGGAAUGAAACGUGUACGGAAGGUUUUGUUCAAGCUGACCCUAGGAGCUGUGCUGGCUAUCUGAAAUGUGUUGAUGGACGUCUGGUUGAAGAGAAGUGCACGAUGGGAAGCUAUUUCAACGCUGAUUUUAAGGUCUGCGAGAUCGAUGAGAAUGGUAGCUGCAUUCCUAAGGAGAGAAAGUGCACAGAAGGUUCCUUAGAAGAGGAUCCAGAUGACUGUGGCGGUUAUCUCAGAUGUGUUGACGGCAGACUGGUCGAAGAAAAGUGUGCCAAAGGUAGUUUCUUCAAUGCUGAAUUAAAGAUCUGCGAGAUCGAUGAGAACGGAAUUUGCAUUCCCCAAAGCGAGAGGUGUACGGAAGGCUCUUUAAAAGAAGAUCCUGAAGACUGUGCAGGUUACCUCAAAUGCAUUGAUGGUAUCUUGGUCAAAGAGAAAUGUGCGAAGGGAAGUUUUUUCAAUCCUAAAUUAAAGAUCUGCGAGAUCGAUGAGGAUGGUAUUUGUGAUGGCAAGUGUAGCGAAGGUUCUUUACAAGCGGAUCCUAAGGACUGUUCGGGUUAUCUCAUGUGUGUCGAUGGAAAUCUAAUAGAAAAGAAGUGUGCCAAAGGAAGUUUUUUCAAUGCUGCAUUGAAGAUUUGCGAGAUCGAUGAGAAUGGAAUCUGCGAUCCCAAUGAUGACAAGUGUAUCGAAGGGUCUUUGGAAGCAGAUCCUAUGGACUGUUCAGGCUAUCUCAUAUGUGUCGAUGGAAAUCUAAUAGAAGAGAAGUGUGCCAAAGGAAGUUUUUUCAAUGCUGCCUUGAAGAUCUGUGAAAUCGAUGUGAAUGGGGUCUGUAUUCGUAGUCUUGAAAGAUGUUCUGAGAAUGAACUUGGAGAGAUUCCCGAAAAUAAAUGUGGAUAUAUCAGGUGUACAUACGGAAACCUAAUACAGUUCGAUUGCUCAAAAGGAAGGUAUUACAAUUCAAGCUUAGAAGCCUGUGUCAUUGAUGAGAAUGGACUUUGUGCUGGAGUUAAGGAAUGUGAAAAUAGUGAGACAAGAAUCGAUCCCGACGACUGUGCUGGCUACUUGCAGUGCAUCGAUGGCAAAAUGGUUAAAAGGCUCUGCUCUUAUGGCAGCUACUACCACACAGCACUGCAUAGAUGCGUAGUGGACGACGAAGGAACUUGUGUGCCCCUAUGGGAUCAUUGCAAGGAAGGUGAGCGGGAGGCUGAUCCUGAGGACUCUGUCUCCUAUCUGGAGUGCAUCGAUGGCGACUUUAUGCCACAGAGAUGUGAAAAUGGCAGCUACUUCAGUGCAGACACCAAAUCCUGCAUUGUGGACGUGCUAGGUGACUAGGUGGAACUAUACCCUGUACCUAACCUUUAUACU